AUGGUCAACUUUAAUCAAAAUAAUCAUUCUAUAUUAUUAGAUGAUGAUCAAUGGACUAUAAAUCAAUUAACAAGAGCAGGAGGAGGAGGAGAAGUUGAUACACAACCAAAAGAAUUAAUUACAAUCAGUAAUGUGACAGUACCAACAGAUGUUCAUCUCACCUUGAUGAAUAAGGGUAUUGUACCUGACCUAUACUUUGGUGAAAGAGAAAUGGAAUAUAGAUGGAUAGCAUUAUCAAAUUGGCAAUUUGUAAAGACAUUUGAGAUUGUUACAGAACAACAUUUAAAAUGGUUUAAAGAUAGUAUUGAGAGAAUUGAUUUGGUGUGUCAUGGAGUAGAUACCAUCUCAUCAAUCUAUUUAAAUGAUCAAUUGAUUGGUACAACCGAUAAUAUGUUUAGAACCUUUAGAUUCAAUAUAAAAGGUCACCUGCAAUCCGGAACCAAUACCAUUCGAUUUGAUUUUACAAAUCCAUCCUCUUAUUGUGAAAAGAAGGCUUCUGAGAAUGGAUAUGAAAUACCUCUUUGGGAAUACCCACAUGGUAUUCAUCAUCGUAACUUUAUUAGAAAGUGUGGAUGUCAUUUUGGAUGGGAUUGGGGAGGAUGUUAUUGUCCAAUGGGAAUUUAUAAAUCAGUAUUGAUUGAAUUCUUUCCAAAGGCAGUACCAAAGAUUGAAUCUAUUAUGAUAAAGCAACAACAUCAUACCAAACCAUCAACUGCAGCUACAACAACAACAACAGUUACAACACCAAGACAUUCAUCUCAAUCAUCAAGUACCAAUUUAUUAUUAAAUCUAGAAAGGUACCCAACCAACAAGAAUGUUUCAUUAUUAUUUGAUUUUGAAAUUUAUUCUGAUCAACAACAACAAGAGAAUAAUGAUGAAAAUGAAAAUCAAUUAAAAAUAAUCAUUUCAUUAAUAGAUUCAAAAGAAAAGAAUAACUCUACCUCCUCCUCCUCCUCCUCCUCCUCCUCAAUUGCAACAUUUAAUUUACCAAAAUUACAUCAAUAUAAAACUUUAAUUAAAAAUAUUAAAGUUGAUAUUGAAAAUGGUAGACUUUGGUGGCCAAAUGGACAUGGUGAACAGGCAUUGUACAAGAUUGAAUUCCAUUUAAAUAAUAUGUAUGUAGCCGAACGUACAGUUGGUUUAAGAACAGUGUCGGUUGAUACUACAGACGGAGCAUUUACCAUCAUGGUAAACGGUGCCAAGAUAUUUGCAAAGGGUGCUGACUGGAUCCCCGCCGACAACUUUCUCAACCGUAUUACUCGAGACAAAUACAACCAUCUCUUGACGAGUGCACGCGACGCCAACAUGAACUGCCUGCGUGUAUGGGGAGGUGGUAUCUAUGAAAGCGACGACUUUUAUGAUAUAUGUGAUCGUCUAGGUAUCCUCAUUUGGCAAGACUUUAUGUUUGCGUGUUGUCUGUACCCGUCAAACAAAGAGUUUCUCGACAAUGUCCGAAAAGAGGUACGCGACCAGGUACUGCGUCUCGACCAUCACGCAAGUCUCGCGCUAUGGUGUGGAAACAACGAGAAUGAGCAGGCGUUGAAUGUGUGGAAGCCUUCGAAGGAUAACCCUCCUCGCUACAUUGUAGACUAUAACAGACUGUACAUUGACACGAUUAUGGACGAGUUGGCUCAACUGAGCACGUCGUUCUUUUGGCCAUCGUCGCCGUCGAAUGGUGUCAAUUCUUGGGGUGACACCAAUGACCAGACACGCGGAGACACUCAUUAUUGGGAGGUAUGGCAUUCCAACAAACCGUUUACACAGUACCUCAAGGCCAAGUCUCGAUUCCUGUCCGAGUUUGGGUUCCAAAGUCUUCCCAGAUUCCAGGCACUCAAAGCUACUUUGGCAGGUGGGGAUGACCAACUCAACAUCACGUCACCCGAGAUGGAGUACAGACAGCGAUCUCCAACACCCGGCAACAUUGGAUUAUUACAGCACACUGCGCUGCACUUCCGUGUACCUACCUCCUUUGAACACCUUUGCUAUACCACACAGGUGUUACAGGCCAUUUCUAUCAAGACGGGGUGUGAGCACUGGCGUCGCAUGUCUCCCUACUGCCAGGGAACACUGUACUGGCAACUCAACGAUAUUUGGGUCGGACCGUCGUGGAGCUCCAUCGAAUACGACCGUCUAAAAUGGAAGGCGUUACAAUACUUUGCCAAAAAGUUUUACGCUCCCACUCUACUAUCGAUUGUCGAGAAUGAACAAAGCAAGAGAAUGGAGGUGUGGGUAACCAACGAUGCUCCCAAAGAGUCGUUCCAAGCCAUCAUCUACCUAUCAGUUUGGGAUGUCGUACUUGGUAAAGUCACCAAACAAAUCAAACAACUUGUCUAUUGUAAAGCUCAUUCCAACCAUAUGAUUAUGGAUUUUGAUCGUCAAGAUUUCAUUCCAGACUCGAAAAAAUUAAAUCGUCAAUUUAUUUAUAUUGAAUUGGAAAAGGAAAUAGAAAAUGAAAAUCAAAAGGAAAGGGAUAGUAACCAACAAGAUAUUGAUGAAAAGGAUAACCAAAUCAUUCAACAUGGGAAACAAAGAAUAUCGCCAUUGAUUGAUAAUACAUACUUUUUUAAAGAGUAUAAAGAAUUCAAUUUACAAAAACCAGUCAUUACAAUCAAGGAUUUGGUAAAGUCUGAUGGCUGUGAUGAUAAAUAUCAUUUGACAUUGGUAUCUUCAGAGAUUGCUCUGUUUGUUUGGAUUGAUCGUAGUGGUGACCAACAUGUUGGUGGAGAAUUCUCUGAUAAUGCAUUCCAUUUAUUCAAAGAUCAACCAUACACCAUUACCUAUUAUUCCAAUUACAACAAUCAAUCACAACAAAAUCAACAUCAUCAUCAAUCAACUAUUUUAACCUCUAAUGAUUUUAAAAUCAUUUCUUUAUAUGAUACUUAUCAAAAUAAGUAA